AAAAUAUUAUAACGACGGAUUUUAAGAAAGCUAAUGAAAGGAGAUCUUUAUCUCACGAUCAUAUUAUAAGACGUCUUUAUCGCAAAACAAACAGAAGAGUCUUUAUCGCAAAACAAAAUUCAGGGGUCUUUGUGGGGGUUUUUGUAAUUUACCCUUGAUAAUUCAACCGUCAGCGAAGGAGCAAUAGAGUCAAUAAAAAUGGAUAUCUUCUCAGACUCAGGUUCCACUGUGCGUCCGUAAGUUUCUCGUAUCAUAUACACAAUACACUGUUACUCAACGAUAUUCAGGGAAGUUUCACCACUAAUCACUUAUAUUCUCUAUGCUCCUGUUCUGCCAGCAACCUUCUUGUAAAUGGAGUUCCAUCUUCCCUCAAAUUCAAAUUCUCAUCCGUUCGACCCUCCUUUUCAAUCCCUCUCACAGUUACUCUUCCCGCCUGUCUUUUCAAGUAUUCAUUAGGUCGGUCUCCACUCAAGAGAUAUACGAAUGCAAUAUCCAAAUCGGCUCUCUCUCUCGUUCCGGCAAAAUUGAAGCUGCACGAGAACUCUUUGAUAAAAUGCCUGAGAGAGAUGUUGUUUCCUGGAAUGCUAUCAUUACGGGUUACUGGCAAAACGGUUUAUUCGAGGAAUCAAAGAGAUUAUUUCAGCUGAUGCCAAAGAGGAAUGUGGUCUCAUGGAAUUCGAUGAUUGCAGGCUGUGUGGAGAACGAGAGCAUUGAUGAGGCAUUCUACUACUUUCAGAAUAUGACCGAGAGAAAUACUGCCUCAUGGAAUGCGAUGAUAUCUGGUCUUGGUAAAUACGGUCAUAUCGAAGAAGCUACAAGGCUUUUUGAAAAAAUGCCUCGGAGGAAUGUGAUUUCUUAUACUGCGAUGAUUGAUGGGUAUGCACAGAAUGGGGAGAUUGAGCGAGCUCGGGCUCUGUUUAAUCGCAUGCCUCGUAAAAAUUCUGUUUCUUGGACGGUAAUGAUCAGCGGUUAUGUAGAGAAUGGAAAAUUUGCUGAAGCGAGGGAACUCUUUGAUCUGAUGCCUGAAAAGAAUGUUGUAGUAAUAACUGCUAUGAUCACGGGUUACUGCAAGGAAGGGAAUACGGAAGGUGCAAGAAGCCUAUUCAAUGAACUUCAUCAUAGGGACCUUGUCUCUUGGAAUGCCAUGAUAGCAGGCUAUGCACAAAAUGGUAAUGGUGAGGAAGCACUCAAGUUACUUUAUACAAUGCUUAAAAUGGGUGUAAGAGUAGAUCAUUCAACCCUUGUUUCAGUUCUUACUGCAUGCUCAAGUCUUGCAUCAUUAAAAGAAGGGAAAGAAAUCCAUCUUCUUGUUGUAAGAAGUGGGUUCGAGUCAAACAUCUCUGUAUGUAAUGCUUUAAUAACUAUGUAUAGCAAAUGUGGCAGCAUAUGUGAUUCAGAGUUGGCUUUUGGACAAAUAAGUAGCCCAGACCUUGUUUCGUGGAACACCAUUAUAGCUGGGUAUGCACAGCAUGGCCACUAUGAGAAAGCUUUAGGUUUGAUCAGCGAGAUGGAAUUGAAUGGCUUUAAGCCAGAUGGCAUAACAUUCCUUAGUAUCUUAUCUGCAUGUGCCCACGCAGGAAAGGUGAAAGAGAGCACAUAUUGGUUUCAUUCAAUGGUGAGCCAUUAUGGAAUCACACCAAGAGCUGAGCACUAUGCAUGUCUGGUUGAUAUGUUGAGUCGAGCAGGACAGUUGGAGAAGGCCUAUGAGGUUAUCCAACAAAUGCCAUUUGAACCUGAUUCUGGAGUUUGGGGUGCACUUCUUUCCGCUUGUCGGGUUUAUUUAAAUGUGGAACUUGGAGAGUUAGCAGCUGAGAAGCUUGUGGAGUUGGAGCCUCUGAAUCCUUGUGCUUAUGUAAUGUUGUCAAAUAUAUAUGCAGCCACUGGCAUGUGGAGGGAUGUUACUAGAGUAAGAAGUUUGAUGAAAGAGCAAGGAGUUAAAAAGCAACCGGGAUAUAGUUGGACCGAGAUUGCAAAUAAGGUGCACUUGUUUUUAGGUGGGGACAUAUCUCAUCCAGAGAUUGAUAAGAUCCAUUUGGAACUCAAAAGGAUCGGUUUGCAAAUGAGGAUGAUGGAUGAUUUUCAAGAUAUUGUAGCGUAAAUUUAUGUCUUACAGAUGCAGUUAUCUCAAACUUCUAUCUGUUUUUGUUAAAUCUCUUUGUUUGUACCAACCACUGCCCCAAGAUAUAGGUGCUUCUGGGAGUGAUACAUCAUAAAUGAAGAUGAAUAGUAUAUUUGAAAAUAGAACUGAUUGGUCUAGAGAUGAAAUGGCUAAUGAUUUUGGAGGUGUGAUGUUGUGAUCUUGUAGAUGUAAGAUAUCUCAGAUGACAAUCUCCAAGUUAACCCCCUGUUUGUCUGCUAUAUUACGGCUGGUGAAGCUUUCUGUGGACUGAAACAUAGAAGAAACCUGGCAAUGGAAGAAAUGCCAAAGCAUUGAAUGACUUGGAAGGCCUUUAAGUGUGAAACAGGAUGAGUGUAGGGCGAACUAUCUGACCAGGUUCUCUUGGAAGGUGGAGCUUUAAGGCUAGACAAACAACGGGCAGACUUUGUUGGAACACUGACUGCUGGUUCUUUAAAUACUGGUCAACAUGGAAGUUUGGAACAAGUCAUCCAGGGCGAAUCUUGAGAAAGCUAAGAGAACCUUGUUACAUAAAAGGAAUUGCUGAUGUUGACAAAGAUGAACAGAAGUACCAUUCACAAUUUAUUUUUAACAGAUAAUUGAAAACACCGUCCAAAAGAGGUUUGGUUUAGAUUCUUCAGAUAGAUUGCCAACCAAAAAGACCACAGGAUAUAUUUCUUGUUCGUGGCCAGAAAAGAAUAUGGAUGAUUAUCAAACGAUAGUUAAUACUGUGUCCAAGUGUGAUGACUCUACUGGAUGUUUUACAUACAAAUCCAUUGUUCUCGAAAAUUUACAAAUAUAUAAUGAGAAGUUAGUGGAUGUAUUAUUUAUAUUUAGUCUAUUUGUUUAAGAAAGCAGCCUUGAACUGUAAACUUCA